GAAGAUGUCAUUCAAGGGUUUGGUCAAACAGCCUCUCUUCCCAACUCCCCAAACACAGUAUGUUACAGACACAGGAGCCUGCAGAUCCAAAAGUGGUGGUCAGAAGGGUCAAGUCCAAAGGCCUCUCCUCUCUUGGCCAAUACGUCAAACACAUCAAGGACUCUAGAACCCAAGCGUGGGGCCAUUGAAGGAACCACCCAGUGUUGGCUUGGAACGGAAGCCAGAAAGCACAGCAAAGAGGCGGUACUAGGACUCGGGCAGAGGGGAUGGGGUUUCCUCCACAGUCCACAGUGAAGGCAAGCCAUGCCUGUCAUAAAGAAACCGAGCUUAAAGUUCCCUACCCACUCUGAUCGCUUGAAAAAGACCUCACCUUUCCCUACUGCUAGUCUACUGCUGCUCUCUUAUUCCUUCCUCCUCUCUCUCUCUCUCUCUCUCUCUCUCUCUUUCUCACUCACUGGUUGUUCUUCUAUAUAAGGAACCUGGUGUUGGCUUGUGUUGUCUGGUUUAGACCGGGCUGGUGGAGGACAUGAUGAACAGGCCCCACAUUCCAGCGUUUGGGAGCUGGGACUACUGUGAUGACCUUCCCAUCACGCAGUACUUCGAGUCGGCAAUGCAGGCUGGUUUAGUUCGAGGCCGACCUUUCGGCGAGGAUGCUGAUUUCUUGAAGGUGACAGCGGACACAGUGAAACCCACUCACCACCACCACCACCACCACCACCAGAGAAAGGUGAAAAAGCCUGGAGAGAGGCAGUACCAGCAGGGGCAGCAGAGAAAGCAAGGGAAGGCGAGCGAUGUGACAGCACAGGCCACGCCCAGGAGGCCCAGAGCUGCCAAGGCGGUGGAUGAGGACCUGUACAAGAUCCCGCCCGAGCUCCUCUACCAGAAGCCCAAGAGGAAGAGGCUGCUGAAGGGCUUGUGGUCGGGCUGCCUGGGACUCCACUGCACUGCGUGAGGGGGGAAGAAGAAGAAGAAGAAGAAG